AAUCUGUCACACCCUCAGCCUCUCACACACCCUCCCACUACCUCACUAAAAUGCGCAGACUUGUUGCUAAAAUGAGCAUAGUGCGUGAUUCGCCCGCUUCUUACUUGCCCGACUCUUUCUUCUUUACCACCCUUUAACAAAAAAAAGGAACCGUCUUUUCACUACCUCACUCUCUCUCCUUUACUCCCCUCUCUGUUGCUUCCUUUUUCCGGCGAGUUUCUCGGCUGAGAUUGUAAACUUUUGUGUCUUUUCUGAGAUUAUGCUGAGAUCAAUUAUUGGCAAGAAACAAAUGUCUUCUGACAUAAGCUAAACUCUCUUCUUACAAUCACUGUCGCUUCCUUUUACACAUAAAGUCUUCUUCUUUUUGCUUUGAAUUGCAUAUGGCAGCUCGAUUAAACGGAUCUAGCUACUUCAAUCUCUGAUUCUCCGGUGUUUUAUCUGAGCUAGGGUUGUUUUAAAUUAGCUUCCUUUUUUUUGGGAUUCUUCGUAGUCCUGUUCAACUGUUUUGUUUGGGAAAGGGAUGGGUAGGAGGCAAAUCUCACAGGAUGAAGUAGGACCGCCGAUAAACCCAAGAGCUGGAUUGCGAAGGGAACAAGCUGGGAGAGGUUCUUACAGAGGAAGUUAGUCACUUUGUUGCUCAUCGUUGGGGAAAAAAAAGUUUCUUCUUUUUUGAAGUGGAGACAAGACUUUGUUUUUUUGUUGUUGUUUUUUUUUCUCGAAUUUAUAAAAGAAUCAAGGGAAAGGGUUUUGUGUUUUUUUUUUUUUUUUUCAUUUCCGGAGAGUUCUCAUCUCUGUCUCUCUUAGAGAAUGGGUUCUACCUCGCAAGAGAUACUGAGGAGCCUCUGCUCUAACACGGAGUGGAGAUAUGCUGUGUUCUGGAAACUUAACCACCGGUCUCGAAUGGUACUUACCUUGGAGGAUGCUUACUAUGACAAUCAUGGGCACAAUAACUCACCGGGAGUUCAGGGUUGCGGCGUUAUACCAAAGGACAUGCAUGGAGCACAUGACUCCCUGGGUUUAGCUGUGGCGAAGAUGGCUUAUCAUGUCUAUUCUCUAGGGGAAGGGAUUGUAGGACACGUUGCUCUUUCUGGAGGACACCAAUGGGUAUUUCCCGAAAAUUAUGGCAACUGCCACUCAGCAGCUGAGUUUCAUAAUGUUUGGGAGAGUCAAAUAUCUGCUGGAGUAAAGACCAUUCUUGUUGUAGCUGUUGGUCCCUGUGGUGUUGUGCAGCUAGGCUCUUUGCUUAAAGUUGAUGAAGAUGUGACAUUGGUGAAUCAUAUCCGACAUAUGUUUUUGGCACUGAAGGAUCCAAUGGCAGAUCAUGCAGCAAGUUUAAUGCAAUGUAAUAUGAACAAUUCGUUGUCUCUGCCAAAAAUACCUUCUGAAUGUUUACAUGUUGAGGCUAACCCUUAUUGCUCUGGAGAAGUUGGCAAAGCUAUGGAUGUGGAAGAGUUAACUCAAUAUAAACUGAGAAGAAGUGAUAGCAUGCCUUAUAAUACUCCUUCAUGUCUUCUCAUGGAGAAGGCAGCCCAAGUUGUGCAAGGAUCUUCUUGUGGGAGCUAUAGCAGUGUUACGUUUGGCUUCCCAAUUGAUUUAAUUGAUGCCAAACAUGAGAAUCAAGUACGUAGUGGAUGUAAAGAUCCAAGAGUAUUAGAUCCUAAUCUACAUCAGUAUAUGAAGAAUUAUGUGCUCAACAAUACAAGCUCAUCUGCUUUAGCAACUGAGGCUGAAAGAUUGAUAUCAGGCCAAUCAUACCCAGGCCUAGACUCAACUUUUUAUGAUUCAUCAAGAACAGGCAAAGAAAGUUCUUACCAAAACGAAGUGUUCCAACUAUCUGAGAACCAAGGAAACAGAUACAGAGAGGAGACUGAGCGUAUGCUGGAGGGGAAAUGCGAAGAUGCUUUGAUCUCAUCUGGGUAUCCAUUUGCUGGCAGCGAGCUGCUAGAGGCAUUAGGCUCUGGUUUCAAGCAAACGAGCAGGGGUGGUCCUGAGGACCUAGUGAAGUCUGAACAUGGUUCAACAACAAGACCAACAGAUGAUACGAGUCAUAGCCAGCUUACAUUUGACCCUAGCCCUGGCCCUGAGAAUCUUCUAGAUGCUGUGGUUGCUAACGUGUGCCAUAGCGAUGGGAAUGCCAGGGAUGAUAUCUUGUCAAGCAGAUCGGUACACUCAUUGCUUACCAGCAUGGCAGAGCCUUCAGGUCAAAAGAUGCAUAAUCAGCUGCCACUAGCAGAGGUGUAUACCCAACAGAAUCCGUCAGAUAUCUGUGGAGCAUUUUCUUCGAUUGGGUUCUCAUCCACGUGUCCCAGCUCAUCUAGUGAUCAGUUUCAGACAUCACUGGAGAUGAUGCCCAAGAAGAUCAAAAAGAGGGCCAAGCCUGGAGAAAGCUCUCGGCCUCGACCAAGAGACAGGCAACUCAUUCAGGAUCGGAUCAAGGAACUUAGAGAACUUGUGCCUAAUGGAUCUAAGUGCAGUAUUGAUUCUUUGCUAGAACGCACGAUCAAGCACAUGCUCUUUUUGCAGAAUGUUACUAAGCAUGCUGACAAGCUCAGUAAAAGUGCUACUACAAAGAUGCAACAAAAGGAAACUGGCACGCAAGGCUCAAGCUGCGCAGUGGAGGUUGGAGGUCAUCUUCAAGUGUGCUCGAUUAUCGUUGAGAAUCUGAACAAGCAGGGGAUGGUGCUCAUCGAGAUGUUAUGUGAAGAAUGUAGCCAUUUUCUCGAGAUAGCAAAUGUGAUUAGGAGCUUGGACCUCAUCAUACUAAGAGGCGUCACAGAGGCUCAGGGCGAGAAAACAUGGAUAUGCUUUGUAGUUGAGAGCCAAAACAACAAGGUAAUGCAGAGGAUGGACAUUUUGUGGUCUCUGGUGCAAAUCUUUCAGCCAAAGGCCAAUGGCAAGCACUAGCAGCAGCGUUGGUUGCAAGACUUUGCGUUUGGAGGAGGAAAACAGAACUUGCUGUGUGCUUGUACAGUGUUAUUGAUACUUGUUUUUGUUUGUUUGGGGUUUUAGGUAUAAUUUUUUUACUUAGUGUGCAUGUUUGAGUUCUCAGUGUGUUUAUGAUUUGCUUGUUUGCUUUGGAGUUUGGACUCUUUAUAAAUACAGUAAAAUGUUUAUAAAUUAAAACCAGUUAAUUAUUUUCCA